GGGCCGCGGGCUGCCAGCCCCGGGCGGGGCGGAGCCCUACUUCUGGCCGCCCGCGUAGGCGGUGCUUGAACUUAGGGCUGCUUGUGGCUGGGUAUUCGCGCAGAGGCGGGCCGGCCAGCCAUGGUUGCUGGGAGCGACGCGGGGCGAGCCCUGGGGGUCCUCGGCGUGUUCUGCCUGCUGCGCUGCUUCGGUUUCAUCAGCUGUAGUUCCCAACAAACAUAUGGCAUUCUGCAUAAAAAUGUCACUUUCCAUGUACCAAGCAAUAUACCUUUAACAGAAAUCCUAUGGAAAAAACAAAAGGAUAAAGUUGCAGAACGGGAAAAUUCUGAAUUCAGAGCUUUCUCAUCUUUUAAAAAUAGGGUUUAUUUGGACACUGUGUCAGGUAGCCUCACUAUCUACAACUUAACAUUAUCAGACGAAGAUGAGUAUGAAAUGGAGUCGCCAAAUAUUACCGAUACCAUGAAGUUCUUUCUUUAUGUACUUGAGCCUCUUCCAUCUCCUACACUAACUUGUGCAUUGACUAAUGGAAGCAUUGAAGUCCAGUGCAUGAUAUCAGAGCAUUACAACACUCAUCCACAACUUAACACGUACGCAUGGGAUUGUCCUUUGGAGCAAUGUAAACAUAACUCAACCCGUAUAUAUUUUAAGAUGGAAAAUGAUCUUCCACAAAAAGUACAGUGUACUGCUAGCAAUCCACUAUUUAAAAGAACAUCAUCAAUCAUUCCGGAAACCUGUAUCCCAAGCAGUGGUCAUUCAAGACACAGAUAUGCACUUAUACCUGCAGCAUCAGCACUAAUUGUAACAUGUGUUGUGCUGUAUGUGCGUGACAGCACUGGUCCAACCCAUUCUAGCCUUCCCUGCAUCUUCAGCCUUAUGCAUAAGCUCCAAUUGAUUGGUAACAGAAGAUGAAGACAACAGCAUAACAAAUUAUUUUGAAAACUAAAAAGCCAUCUAAUUUCUCAUUUGAAGAGAAAUUUUUGAAAAAUUUCCAUUUUCGAAGAACUGUUGGAAAUGUAACUUGAAGCAGGUAUUUUUUUUUUAAGAAGAAAUACCUACAAACAAAGAAUAUGCAUUAGUUUCAAGUGUCAUCAACCUAUUAUAUGACGGGGUGCUUGCUUUUUUGUCACUAAAUUGUUUUUACUGAUGAUAUGGAAACUUUUGUAAAUAAAUGUAAAUAUGUACAUAAGUGACUAGGUGGUUUGUCUACUGUUUUCCUAAGAUAGAAAAAUAAGGGUCACGUACCCUUUUAAAAUCUAUACUCUUUCUCCCUUGCUUUAGGGGAAAAAUAAUUCAUUAUAGGGUCAUUCAUGGGGUGAGGGAGAAAAGUACUGUCCCUCAUUGGGUUCCACUGCGGUAGGUAGGAGGCAAGUGAACACAUGGGUCUUUACUUCUGCUGCUUUUGAAAAGACCAGAUCACCACCAUCCAGUGCAGUUGUAUAACACAGGUGGGGCGGGGAGGCUUCUCUCGCUGCCAUUCAUUAGCCUACUUAGUUUGUUGCAUUGGUUAGCUGUCACACUGGGAGGUCAACGCAGACAAUAGCUGGAAAACCGUAGUCAUAACAAAUACUGAGUGGCAACCACUCCUGAGGAGGUGGACGGCGCCAGUUGCCCCCAGCAGCCAUGUAAACCCAAGUCAAUACACAGACGCUUCAGCUUGUGCCUGCACUGGAAUUCCUAUCACAUGAGAGUCUCCAGCCUGAAGGAAGAAAUCAACAUUUCUUGACUCCAAGAUAGGCC